GAUGUCAGCAGUGCAUAAGGCGGAUCGUCUCGCCGUCGGUCAUGUUGUUUUGAAAAUACUGAGUACCUGAGCACUUGAACUCCGAUGAGAACGUCGUUCAAACGUUAAAAUUAAUGCCACACCGUUGGCUAAGACGUUUGACGUAUGAUGGCGGGUCUCUCCACGCAACGCGCGUUGCAGGUGCUCUCGUCAGAGAUAAAAGACGCUGUGGCAGAGUUUAAAAGUCAGCUGGACAACACGACCUCAUUCUUCGGCAUACUGAGAGACUCACACAAUCUUCUAUUAUUCAAAUGGCUUGGAUAUACUCUAUUGCUGGUAAUUGCCGUUUUAAUGGCAUUCCUUGGGCAUUUAUUGUUCACCCUGUUGGUUAUGCUCUCACUUCUUGUCCACAUCAUGGGUGGGAUUUACAUUGCAGUGCAAGUAAAGUACGAGCUGCAUAAUCAUCUGCAAAACAUUAUGGAACAACUCGAGGUGCUUAAGGCGAAUAAGUUUAGCUACGAGUCUCUUUGGCAGCCUGUCUCGCCAUGUAUCAGCUUACAAUGGACGUACCGGGAUGGCCGCUUAGUGAACUGUCCGACCCAGCUUAUUGUAAAGGGCGACAUUAUUCGUAUGCGACCAGGUCAAGAAGCACCGGGAAAAUGCAUAACUUUAGAUAAAAAGACGACUCUCAACCCCGGAGAAAAGUAUUCACCACAGAAUAAGACUGUUGUAGGCAUGAUUGACUCUUGUCACCUUCUAGUUGAAGGGGCACCAAGUCGGGAUUUCCUUAUGGUGGAGACUCCAUAUAUAAAAUAUCUCCAUUUAUGUCUUGAGAAAGGCCUAGAACCGUACCGUCCAAACAACUUCACACGCCAACAAAAAGUGAUCAUGGGUCAUUACAUGAAGCGUUAUUUAAUUCCAAUAGUUGGAAUACUGUCGCUAUUGGUCUACGCGACGAACUGCUGUGCGUUAUCCCGUUUUGACCUUGUUUAUAUGGCGAUCACAAUGUCUCCAAUUGUGUUCGUAUUAACUUGUCCGCUGUAUUGGUUUGUUCAGUUCGCUUUAGGGACAGCUAAGAUCCUCUUCUAUGCUGAUAGCCUGGCUGGUUUAUCCGAAAGAGGAGAAGUGCAAAUUCAGGGUAUACCUUGGCUCAGUGUGGUGCAGAAAGUUUUGACGCAGAAGCACCGCUUCUGGCAUUCUGGGCCCUUUCUCGAGGCGUUUGCCAGUGCAACCAAUCUGUGUUGCGUCGACAAAAAAGGAAUUCUGUCGUGGCCGAAUGCUAUACCUGAAAAGGUGUUUUUUCUUAAGCAAAUGGUUCCCGAAGCAGAAACUGAAGGUGAAGAAAAAAGAAGGUCUCUUACACUUAAUGCCAAAGCGGAGGUUUUAGAUCUAACAUUGAGAGGAUCUUCAAAUUCAAUUAUGUUCGAUGACCCCAAAUGGACAACGUUCUUGCAGAAUUUGAAACCACUUGGACUUGGCAUUCUUCUUAACAACUGUGAUGAAGAGACCUACGAGAAAUACGCGGCGUUCUUUGACCACGUGAAUUUCGAGAGUGAAGAACGUGAAAUGUGGGUGCCAGUAAUAAAUAAACGGUGUUUGUGCGAUCUUUCACGGCAAAUGGGGUUCACAUCAGAGGCAGUAGCGUGCUACGAGCAUGUAGAGCAGCUUUACAUGUUUCGACAUGACGAGUAUGAUGGUGGAUUGCGCAGCAACGAUAAUUUCAAUAUCCCACGACUAAAAAUGCCAUUUCCUAAUUUUAGUUCCUCUGUGGUUAGAGACAAGUUUACUGGCGAAUUUCAGAUGUUCAGCCAAGGAACGGCUGAUCUUAUUCUUGAGCACUGCACAGACUACUGGGACGGGCACAGUAUUUGUCCGUUAACAGACGCCGAUCGAAAAUGUAUUCUUGACUUUUAUCAGAGAACUUCACUAACAGCUUACUGUACCGCAUUCUCGUACACUCCGCUAGGAAGCUGCACAGAUUUAGUGGUGCCAGCAAAUACGUUCAUUCAAGUCCCUACACAGAUAUGUAAUAGCUUUAACAAUCAUAAAGGCUCUCUUGGGAGCGUUCCAGCUGUAUCGCAUACUUUCCUUAAAGAGGUUGUCCAUAACGUUGAAACAUGUAGCAAAACCUUUCACAAUAGAAUUUGCAAGCAAGUAUUCAUAGGUAUGGUUACCCUGCAAUACCAAGCGCGACCCACAUUUGUGCGUCUUAUAGAAGAGCUUGACAAAGCCUGUAUUCGAUUCGUGCACUUUAGCAAAGAGAAUGAAUUACGCAGCCGGGGCUUUUCGGAGAAGAUGGGUCUUGAAUCGGGUUGGAACUGCCAUAUUUCUCUACUCAACGAAGCCGAUUAUGAAGAUGAAAAUACGUUUAUAACAAAACCAAUGAGAGUGAAGCUGAAAUUAAAUGGGCACGGGAUGAGGUGCUGGAGUACGCCAUCUGUUGUUGCAUCAUCUAUGGGAUGCAACAAAGAUCCCCGCAACAGUUUCAAAUUAUCACUAAGUCCAUCACCUAAGGAGCCCGACACUUGUUCUGAAGUAAGCACGGCAGUGCAGUUUGAUAUUGCCAAUCGCGCUAAGUUGCCAAAGGGAAUUGAAAACAUGCGAGCACACAUUGAGAACGUCGACAACGUACCCCUGCUGGUGUCCCUCUUCACAGACUGUACCCCCAGUGCUAGUAGAGAGAUGCUUCGCAUUAUGCAAGAAUACGAACAGGUUUUGUGUGUUCUAGGGAGUUCCCGAAAUAUCGAAAAUUUGCAGUUGUUCAUUCAGGCUGACUGCAGCAUAUCGUGGACUCCCUUGCCGCCACGUAUCUGCAGUACUGUACCCUCUUCAAGUCACGACCUCCUUUUGGACGUAGUUAGCUCAUUGAAUUCGGUGCCUUGCGUUCUGCGAGCGACAGCUGACGAUGAGCUUAUGGUGUUUCAGUUGGUUAAUGAAGCGCGACAUUUUGUCUCGCAGAUGCAAAGCUCAUUUCAGUUUGUGGCCCUCUGCUCAGUGACAUUAUCAUUGCUGCAUCUUUGCUGUCAUGCGUUCCGUCUUCCGUUACCGUUAUCACCGCUGACCACAUUCUACUUGCUCGUCGUUGUAGUACCUCUUAUUGGUCUGACGCUUGUCUGUUCACCUACCGAUCGCGACAUUAUGGGAGCGCCGAAUGUUGACAGCCUACAAGUAAAUCGCGAUACUCGACUUUUCUGUCUGGCCAGUUACUUUCUUAAAGCUUCCUUUACUGUGCUAACUUUACUAUUGUGCAAAGCGUUGAGCAUACUCAAGUACUGCGUGGAGAGGGGCUGUGACCUGCGGGAUAUUCUUGAUGAGCUUCGUCAACAUGAUGUGGCAGCAUUGCAGUUUUUCAACUUACUUCUGCUCACCGUUCAUUUUGUGGCCAUCUCAGCGUCGAGCCUUAACCGUAAGAAGCUACUCUGGCAGCACAACCCUUUGUUGAACGUUCUCUGGGUCUGUGUUUGUUUUACUGUCCUAAUAGGUCACAGUCUAAGCCUUCUGUUCUGCCCUGAUCUUAACGAGAUUUCAAUCGUUUCAUGGCUAGUUUUUGCCAUAUCCCCUAUUUUUCUAGUCGCUCUUAGUGAAGGCUGUAAACAUCACGAACUAAAAUUAAUUCGUCGUCAAGAAAAACGACUACGAUUACACUUUAUGACUAAGUUAGGUAUGAAUAGCCCUUUUUAACCAAACCUAUCGCUAAUUUUUAUUAACGAAUUAAAGAAUAACGGUAAUUUGAUUUUGAAAAAAUUAAUGAGGUAACAGAUGCAAUGCGCGCCUGUCUGGGUUUAUAUAUAUACAUAUAGCAUUCACUGAUUGUAACAAAGUUGUAAAUAAUCGUUGUGUUGUAGUCAAUAGUGUGUUUGUAAAAAGAAAGGCAGAGAGCAAUAUUCUUUCAUCGCUUCACCAGCCGGAGUGCUGGCAGCGAAGGCAUGCAUGCUUCGAGGUGCGGCUCCAAGCCCGUGUUACCAUCCCAUACCGCCACAGAUCUCUCCUGGAAUAAUUGAGUUCGUUGACGAAUCGCCAUUUGGAGGCGGACUCGACGAUACGACGC